GCUAUACAAAUUGAGAAAAUAGCAACAUGGCUGCAGACUACACUCUUUCAUUAGAGGUUAGUGGAAAGCGGAGCUGUGAUGGCAAAGUUAGAACUUGCAGCUUUAGCCAGAUGAUUCAUUCUAUUGUCCAUUUUGAUUGCUUUUCAUCUGGGAAAACUAUGGCAGAAGUUUCUAACGAGGAGGGAGAUUUAGAGAAGCACCCAGCAAUUAAUGGAAAGAUGACGAGGAAACGUGGAGGAUGGAAGACUUUUCCUUUCAUUAUUGGAAACGAGAUAUGCGCUGGAGCAGCAAUCACAGGCCUUGCUGCAAAUAUGAUUGUCUAUUUGAUUACCAAGUUUAACAUAAAAAGUAUUGAGGCAACUCAUAUCAUCAAUAUAUCCAAUGGAGGGAAUGAUCUCUCUCCAUUGGUUGGUGCAUUUCUUGCAGAUGCAUAUCUUGGCCGUUUUUGGGCUAUUUCCAUUGGUUCAUUUCUCUCAUUUAGUGCAAUGAUCAUUCUAAUGCUGACGGCCAUGAUAGAAUCCUUAAGACCACCUCCAUGUGGACCCCAGCUACAAGCCUUGGGAAGAUGUGAUGCUCCCACCAGGAGACAGUAUGCAGUUCUCUAUCUUUAUUUUGCCUUAACAAUUGGAGCAUCGGCAGGGUUAAGAUACAAUUCAGGGACUUUUGGAGCAGAUCAGUUUGAAAAGGAUAGUGCAAAAGGAAUGAGACAGAUUCAGAGUUAUUUCAACUGGUAUUAUUGUGCGCUGUUUGUUUCAAUCGUGAUAGCUUCCACUGUAAUUGUUUAUAUUCAAUCCAGUGUAAGUUGGGCAAUGGGAUUUGGUCUGUGUGUGCUACUAACUGGAAUAUCAAUGCUAUUUUUCUUCUCGGGGACAAAGUUGUAUAAUCGUGUCCGUCCAGAGGGCAGCCCCUUCACAGGGCUUGCCCAGGUGGUAGUGUCGUGCCUCAGAAAAAGGAAUCUUCCAUUGCCUUCCAAUGAAGAGGAUUUAUACAGUGGAGAGAGAAUCGAGUCAGGGCUUCCCCUGACAGAGCAGCUCAGGUUUCUCAACAAAGCAGCCAUAAAAACACCAGAGGACUUUUCUUCAGAUGGGCAUAUAAACCAGAACCCAUGGAGACUCUCCACAGUUGACCAAGUCGAGCAACUUAAAUCCAUUAUUAAAACGUUGACAAUCUGGUCCUGUACAGUCAUCCCAGCCAUUAUGAGUUCCCAGCAGAUCACAUUCUCAGUGUUGCAGGCACUGACAAUGAACAGGCAUUUGGGAUCCCAUUUCAAAAUACCAGCGGCUUCUUACAUGGUCUUCAGUCUGCUGGCCUCUGCAAUAACAUUAUCUAUCUAUGACAAAGUGGUGGUUCGCUUGGCAGAAAGCAAGGGGAUAAAAAUAACACAGCUGAGAAGAAUAGGCACAGGCAUGGCUAUUGGCACAUUAGGAAUGGCAGUAGCGGCCAUAGUGGAAAGAAAGCGUCUCAAUGUAGUCCAUGGCCAUCGUGUUGCAGAGGAAUCAGCGCUAUGGUUAGUUCCUCAACUUGUGAUAAUGGGGUUGGGGGACGCGUUUCAGAACGUAGGAAAAAUUGAUCUCUUUUAUGCUGAAUUUCCAGAAACAAUGCGCAGUACAGCUACAGCUUUGGUUGCUGCAGGGGUUGCAGUGGGCUCUUAUUUGAGCAGUUUGUUGAUCAGUGUCAUUCAUAGAAACAGCAAUUGGCUUGCAAAUAACAUUAACGAAGGACGUCUGGAUUACUUUUAUGCCCUACUCUGCGUAAUGGGGGUCGUGAAUUUUGGCUACUUCUCAGCAUGCUCUCGUCGGUAUAAAUACAAAACGAAAAUCUAUGGUUCCCGUGACAUUUCUACCUUUUGAAAAAAUACAGAUUUUCUUAUUGUCUAUCCAACCAUCAGAUUGUAUUAAUUAAUUAAUAAAUAAAGUCAAAUGUACAAUAUGAUGGCAGUAUAGACGUCCCCUCAAGCAUUUGCAUGAGAGUAUAUUUGUCAAAAUGAUAAAUUGUUUAUUUUUUAUGAUUUUGAUAUGGAUUUGUUAUCCAAAUCAGCCAACUCAAAAUUGUAUGACAGUAUG